AUGAAGGCCCAGCUUCUUCUGGGUUACCUCCUGGUAUCCAGGAUCUACGGUUUCUCAUGGGGUGCUAGCGAUCAAGGAGUCGAGCCGGUUCCCGAAAAACCCUCCGAACUCCUCCAAAAAUCUCGCCUUCCUAACAUUUAUGCCGUCGCUCUCAGUGAACUUCAAGAACUCGAACAAGAACCUCUUUGUCAUCGUGUGGCCGCUCGUCUCCUUGUCAACAAUUGUCAACUCGUCGACGGCAAGGAUGAGACGACCAUUCUCACCGAUAGUGGCCGCCAGAUUCGCGACUUUGUCGACUCUUAUGCUGCCAGCCUCGCUAUAUGCGACCUUGAGCGCGGAAGCUUCAUCAUUCCAAAUGAAUGUGCCAAAUUCCGCGAGCCAUCGCUCACACAGAUCGCCAUCCGCAAUACGCCCCAGUUACAUGUGAGUUCAAAGGAGAUUAGUCUCUGCCUGUCCGCGCUUGCGGCUUCGGAUGCGGCGUGGAGCACUUGGGUCAGCUAUCGGCAUAAGGCAUUGAGGUUUUGUGAAGCGGCCCGGGCGGAUAAUGAGAAGGCUCAGCAUAUCUUGCUCUACCAACGCCUGACCAAAGUUAUCGCAAAAUUGACCGACGGUGUCGAAGCCGAACUGCAACGCUUAAUGGACGAUCUUGACAAUCGUGCCCGGCAGUCGGCGGAGAAGCUGGAUGAACUAGCUCCCAAAAUCAGUCUGCUCAAUGAGGGGCUGCAAAGGAUCGAGCACUAUUUCUCUGGCAACUUGGAUAUGGCAAUGAAAAAAACCUCGGAAGCAAUGCAUGCCAGCCAUGAGCAUGCUGAGAACCUUCAACAGGUGCUCAACAUCCUCCUCACAAAUGUCAUUCAAGGCCAGUCGCAAUUGGCUUUCGCUCACGAACAGUCGCUCCAGCAUGCAACCGAGAAGGUUCAAGAGAAUAUGGAGGCUUUUGUGGCGGUUGUCUCGACAGCCAUUGCAUCUUCGACUUCCCUCCAACAACAACUGCGACAAGAUGCCCUCGAGCAAGGGAUGGACCGACUUCUCGCGACAACCGAAGCCCUUUCGACCAAGUUUGAGGACCAGUCCUCCCUGCUCUUACAGGCGAACAAUAUCACCAAUGAUAUCCUGGACGCUCUCGAGGAGACCGCGAAGUUGGCGUCGUCCAUGAAUGAGUCGUUUCUUUCACGGGCUACUGCACAUAGCUGGUGGCCACUCGUUGUCUUUCCCACCGCUUCCUUAAUCAUGGGCUCAUAUGGGCUUGCGCCAAGUGUGCUGCGGAACAUCGGGUUACUCGCGCUAGGCGAGAUGAUCGGGUUGGCGUUCUCCUCUUACAGCCGGUUGAGUGAGCUCUUGAGUUUUGCGCAGGCACAACAGGCUGUAGCAAACGUAUCCAUUACUGGCUCACUCUGA